AUGCAAGACGAAAUUAAUACUAAAGCUUUGGCAUAUGCCCAAAAGCGUGAAGGAAGAUGCUUAACUAAAGAUUUAUUACAUAAAAAAUUUCCUCUUCGAAAACCUAAAUUCUUAAAAGGAUUACAUCUAGAUGGGUAUAAUGAGGAGCUAGGCUUGGCCUUCGAAUAUAGUGGUAAUCAGCAUUAUCAAAUCGUGCCUUUUUUUCACCCGCAAGGGCAGAUGAAUCUAGAUGCACAAAUUUGUCGUGAUUGGGAAAAGAGGGCAUUAUGCUACAAGGAAGGAGAGGCAACAUAG